UAGUCAGAGCUCACCACAUAAGUACAUGGCACCUGGAAAGCCAGCCAAAGCUAUCAGAAUCAAAGUUCCGCGCCAUGGUGCUCAACGGAUAGGCGCGAAAUUUUCCGCGCAUGUCCAAGCGCUGGCUAGGAAAGAAAAAACUCGCGUGGCCACCUACCAGCCCAACUAUGACUCGAAUAAUGGGUUAGCUCAGGCUAUUGAGUCUGCAUCUGACUGGAAUUCAUUGCUUAUAACAGCUCGCGCUGAACGUGGACCACAGUGGGAUGUUGGAACUCAACAGUUUCUUGUGGACCAAGGGUCUGACCUCUACUACGACCCAUCUCCACUGAUGGAGUACCAGAAACGACAACGUGAGGAGGAGCAUGCCGCCGCUCGAACCUCGAUGCAGCCUCCCGACUUCCGUGGCCAUGAUCCUUCUCGUAUUACUCGAAAUCACUCGACCUCUUCAAAUCAUAACUAUCCAUACGUAUCACAGGGCAUGUCUCAAGUGACUCCACGACAUCCUAAUCUUGGGGGGUACUCGAACGUUCCAUUUAACGGCAUUCCACCCAGUCACUUCUACGGCGCUGGAGUGGAUGUGGCUUCUCCUGCGAGGAUGGGUAUGAGAGACAGCAUGGGUGCCAGCAUGUCCCCAGAUGUGAGGAGGAGGUCAGCGAGAGGCAUACCAGAGGAUGGAUUCAUUCAGCUGCAUGGACCAUGAUCACACAAGACCAUUGAUUCCCGUGUAUGUUAUCCAGUGCUGUGUAUAUCAUCCUUGUUCCUGCUGAAGUUACUGCUUCCUAAUUCUACAUUGCAUCAUUCGGCAUGAAUUAACCACCCGUGCAUUAUUUCACCCGAGUCAUUCUUGUUGUCACAAUUUCUCUUGCUCCGCCCUCCCA